CUUGAUGCUAUGCUAACCUAGAAGAUCGGCAUAAGAGGAGAGAGAAAUAUAAGGGGGCCUCGAGUACCCGGGGUGGGCCUAAUAUAAGCUCCUUCGUCUCAUCUUUCGUCUGGCGUUCCAAUUCGCGUUCAAGUCCAACCAGUAACGAAAUAAGCACAAGAGCGCAUCAGAUAUAUCAGAAUACGUCAGGAUGUCCAGUAAAUGCUGUGCUGCAGUUGAGAUCCAGUCUGGUGCUCCGACUGACAAAGUUGCGAAGCUGCAUAGACUUGACUGCUACAUCGCGAAACCAGUAGAGCAAAGGGCGAGAUGGUCAUCAUUCCAGAUAGCUUUGAAUGGGAAUUACCCAACAAUUGUCUUCUUGCGGAUAAUUAUGCGAACAAGGGCGGCUGGCUUGUGUAUCUGCCCGACUUCAUGGUGGGAUACACUGCUACUGCAGACCUCGUCGUAUCUGUUCACGCACUUGACGACGGUGGGAUCAGAGUAUUCUGGCACCUUUACCGCGUGAUAAGACGCUUUAUUCCAUAUAUGAUCGAGAACCCUCCAACGGUUGCAACUUCUCGCAUCUUCACAAUGUUUCGCGAACUCAAGAAAGUUGAAGCUGCAGAUCUGCCUGUCGGCACUGCCGGGUUCUGCCGGCUACGCAACUUACUCUUUAACUCAAAAUGCUAGUGAUAUUGUCAAUUCCUAGGGUGAAAAAUACACAACUCUCCUUGCGUACGACGAAGAGAAGGAGACCGGCAAGUCUCUGGUCCACUGCACAUAAACUGCCCAUCCCUCCAGUCUUGCUGUCCCAAACGAUAUUACGAAGGUCAGAAAACCGACGAGCAUUGUUGCCGGCUCACUAUACAAGGGCUUUCCGAAGACUUAAGUCGACGAGUGCGAGACUUUCCUGAAGGCGAAAACGUAGAAAGGUGAGGGUGAU